AUGGCCUACUACUCUCAGCCCGCCGCCGCCAACUACAACACUCCCCCCACCCACUCGCAACGCCAACGCGGCUACCGUAUCUGCGAUGCCUGCGGAGUCCCCGAGACUCCUUCCGUCAAGUUCCGGCUCUGUGGAGGAUGCAUGACCACCCAGUACUGCUCACAGGACUGCCAAAAGAGCCACUGGCCCUCCCACAAGGCUAUUUGCCAACACACUGCCGCCUCAGUCUCGAAAGCGUCCGCUGCUGCAACUGGUGCUGGAUAUGGAGAGGAAUUGGCCAAGAACCUCCGAAAGUUCACUUCAGCACACUCCGCUCUCCUCGGUUGGGCCGGCUUCCAAGCCCUCCAACUCAAGCGCGUCCCUGCCAACGUUCGCCAGAACGCUUUGCUCAUUGAGCUCAACCACCUCAACCAUGCUGACUCGCAUCGUCGAUUCUCCAUUACCUCGACCCACAUCGUUCCAAGGAGCUACAUCCGCGACCCAUUGGUCCUCCAGGACAUCCAACGCCGCGAAGAGCGCUGCCGACAGAACGGCGGUAUCGGUGCUCUCAUCGUCAUCCUCCAAUGCGGGGGUGUUUCGCAGGUUAUGCCUGUUGAGGUUGACCCCCCUGCCAAGAUCACCUGGGACGAGCGGGAAGACUGGCCAACCGUUCUCAACCACUUCGUCUCGAGCGGACGAACUGACUUCAAGCCCAUCUCUACCACUUCGAGAGGGGUCUUCUAUGGAUAA